AUGGCGGUGAAGGGUGAUGCUGUUGUUGUUGUUGUAGUUGUGUUUGAGGUUGAGAUUGUGGCUGAGCCUGUGGCUGUGGAAGUGGUAGUGGAGCCUGAGGUGGCGGUCCUGCCGGCGACACAGGAGCCGGAGCCACUUGAAGAUGUUGUAAUGUAG